GUUCCCCUCCCCGUCUCGCCCAUCUUUUUCGCAUCUGCCCCGCUCUUGCACGCCCAGAUCUUCUUUUUUUUUUCUCUUUUGAAUUUCACUCUUCCCUUCGUCCUAGUUGAUCCAGAUCAUUUAUCACUCUGCUUCUCCCUGGUCUACCUGGUCUCCCUGGUCUACCGUUGCUUUGGUGUUGGUUCUGUCGCUGUGAACGGUAGCUCCACUCCGAAUCGGGAAGCGUCCCAACACUUCCGGACAACAAGAAAGACCUUCCUCCUCCUCUUUCUUCUCCUCCUUUUCCCUCCUUUUUCCUCCUCCUUUCUUCUCCUUUCUUCUCCUCCUUUCUUCUCCUAAUUUCUACCAUCAAUAAUAUUCAACCGCCAUCAUGUCUGACGGCGCAGUGAAGCCCAGAUCAAGAGUGGUCCUCGAAGCCCACGAGGUCGAUACCUUCCAUGUCCCCCAGGCAUUCUACGAGAAACACCCGACCCGCCCCCAUCUGAAAGAUCUCGAUGAGUACAAGACGCUGUACGAGGAGUCGAUUCGCAACCCCGACCAGUUCUGGGCCCGGAUGGCCCGCGACCUGCUCACCUUUGAGCGCGACUUCCAGACCACCCAUAUCGGUUCCUUUGAGAAUGGCGACAACGCCUGGUUCGUCGAGGGCCGCCUCAACGCCUCCUUCAACUGUGUGGACCGUCACGCCAUCAAGAACCCGGACAAGGUCGCCAUCAUCUACGAGGCCGAUGAGCCCAACGAGGGCCGCUCCAUCACCUACGGCGAGCUGCUGCGCGACGUCUCACGCGUCGCCUGGACCCUCAAGCAGCAGGGCGUCCAGAAGGGCGACACCGUCGCCAUCUACCUGCCCAUGAUCCCAGAGGCCCUCGUCGCCUUCCUCGCCUGCGCCCGGAUCGGCGCCGUGCACUCGGUCGUCUUCGCCGGCUUCUCCUCCGACUCCCUGCGUGACCGCGUCCUCGACGCCCGCUCCAAGGUCGUCAUCACCAGCGACGAGGGCCGUCGCGGCGGCAAGAUCAUCGGGACCAAGCGCAUCGUCGACGAGGCCCUCAAGCAGUGCCCCGAAGUCUCCACCGUCCUCGUCUACAAACGCACCGGCGCCGAGGUCCCCUGGACCAAGGGUCGUGACCUCUGGUGGCACGAGGAGGUCGAAAAAUACCCCAACUACAUCGCCCCGGAGUCCAUGAACUCCGAGGACCCCCUCUUCCUGCUCUACACCUCCGGCUCCACGGGGAAGCCCAAGGGCGUCAUGCACACCACCGCCGGCUACCUCAUCGGCGCCGCCAUGACCGGUAAGUACGUCUUCGACAUCCACGAGAACGACCGCUACUUCUGCGGCGGCGACGUCGGCUGGAUCACCGGCCACACCUACGUCGUCUACGCCCCCUUGCUGCUCGGCUGUUCCACCGUCGUCUUCGAGAGCACCCCGGCCUACCCCAACUUCUCCCGCUACUGGGACGUCAUCGAAAAGCACCAGGUCACCCAGUUCUACGUCGCCCCGACCGCCCUGCGCCUACUCAAGCGCGCCGGCGACGAGCACAUCCAUCACAAGAUGGAACACCUGCGUGUUCUCGGCUCCGUUGGCGAGCCCAUCGCCGCCGAGGUCUGGAAGUGGUACUUUGAAUCCGUCGGCAAGGAGGAAGCUCACAUUUGCGAUACGUAUUGGCAAACCGAAACUGGAUCCAACGUCAUCACCCCCCUGGGUGGGAUCACCCCCACCAAGCCCGGGAGUGCCUCGUUGCCCUUCUUUGGCAUCGAGCCGGCCAUCAUCGAUCCGGUCUCGGGCGAGGAGAUCACCGGCAAUGACGUCGAGGGCGUGCUUGCUUUCAAGCAGCCCUGGCCGAGUAUGGCUCGCACCGUCUGGGGCGCCCACCGUCGCUACAUGGACACCUACCUGAACGUCUACAAGGGGUAUUACUUUACCGGAGAUGGGGCGGGCCGUGACCACGACGGCUACUACUGGAUCCGUGGCCGGGUGGACGAUGUCGUCAAUGUUUCAGGGCACCGUCUGUCCACCGCAGAGAUUGAAGCUGCUCUCCUUGAACACCACCAAGUGGCCGAGGCAGCUGUGGUGGGUAUCGCCGACGAACUGACCGGCCAGGCAGUCAACGCCUUUGUCGCGCUCAAGAGCGGCAGCGAGACGACAGAGCAAGUGCGUAAAGACCUGGUGAUGCAGGUGCGAAAGUCGAUCGGCCCCUUUGCGGCGCCCAAGGCCGUGUUUGUCGUCGAGGAUCUCCCCAAGACGCGUAGCGGGAAGAUCAUGCGUCGGAUCCUGCGCAAGAUCCUGAGCGGCGAGGAGGACAGCCUGGGAGAUACAUCAACACUUUCUGAUCCCUCUGUGGUGGACAAGAUUAUUGAUACCGUCCACGCUGCGAAAAAGCCGUAAGCAGUAGGUAAAAUACCCCAAAAGAAAAAGAAGGACGUAUGAUAAUGCCUGUUUAUAUUAUAUUUGAUCUGUGGACUCCAAUGAUUACCCUGUUCUGUU